CCUGUGGUCGGUGGGCGGGAGGGCUAUCGCUUUAAUCUCUUUCCAGUGAUUUCUAUGACUAUCUGCGCUAUGUCGAGGAUCGAGAUCUCGCCAAAAUCUGUUCCUCGUUUGUAUUUAUAUAAUAUAAUAUAGCAUAAUAUUUUACCGUAUUUAUUAUCGAGUUCUUCGUGUCGUGGCUAUAUAGUUGUUGUGUUUUAGUACUCUCAGUACUUUGCAUUAAGUCCCAAGUCCCUGUGAUGUGAUACCGUAACGCGCUGUUAGUAAUAACAUCAUCUACCAAUGCGAUUGUCGUUUCGUAGACCGUUUUCAAAACGUAUCGAAAUGUUUAUGUAAUUGCUCAUUCGACAACCAUGAACUACUGUUUUAUUUUGUUGAUAGCAGUAAUAGGUCAUCAGCCAGGUAAUGUCAAGACCGACUGUAUAGACAACAAUGGUCGAACUGUUCAGGACGGAAAGACGUACAUACCGGGCCCGGAAAUCUGCACUCGGUGUGUGUGUGACAAUUCUGUAGCUAAAUGGUGUCACCCUGUGCUCUGUACAGCUCCACAGGAUUGCAAGUCUUAUACAACUGUUGGAAAUAUAUGCUGUGAAUUCAAUUGCUUAGAUGAAACUCUCAAAGGCGAUAAUAUUAAUGCCAGAUCAAUUGCCAGCACUGUCACGGCAUUUUUAUUUUUCAUAUUAAUUGUUUUCCUCAUCAACCGGUUACAUAAAAGAAAUAUAAUGUCAAAUGGAGAAGUAUUUACUGAUCCAAACUCACUUCAAAUGGGCGAAGGUGUACGUGGAAUUGGGUUCAUUAGUGGGUAUAUGAAUUUACCUAGGCCUGAUUUAUACUAUGGUGAUCAUGCAACUCUACAUAUACCCUUAUGGAAGACAUACUAUCCACGUGGUGAUGCACCGCCUCCAUAUGAUGAAGCUAUCGCAUUACCUCACCAAAUAGUACCCCAACAAUUAAAUGCACUAGUAGAUGAAGUUACAGCUUACCAUAGAACCAUACCUUUUAACAUGACUGAAAUUGAACAAAAUGUUCAGCCACAUACAUCUUGUGACCCUGAGACUGAACCAACUACCAACCAGCAGUUUUUAGAAGACAAUCAAACGAAUAAUGAUAAAUACCAGUGUCAUGAUAAAAUGCCUACAAUUUCUAACAAUGAUUUCCGAGAAGAAUGUGAAAAUUGUAAGCACGAUCAAGAACUUGCUGAAGGGUAUGAUGAUAUUUUCCCUGAACCAGAAACAAUGACGCUAGAACGAAGACCACAAUUGUUAACUCAUGAACAUGCUGCAGUUGGUAUUGAAUCACGUUCAUCAAUGACCCUACCAGAUAAUGGAAGACUACGAAGGCCUCAUGUUGGGAACUUGAAAGAUAAAUACAGAGACGGAUGGUUCAAAGAAACUAGUUUAAAAGAAAAUACAACUUCUGAUGAUGAUCAGCCAUAACAGAAAAGAAUUAUCAUUGUUUGGUAUAAUACUUUAUUAUUAUGGGUAAGUAUAAAAUUGGUUAAGUACUAUGCACUUAGCACCAAUUUAAUUAUUGACUAUUAUUUAUGUCAGUUUAAAAAAAUGUUUUUAUUUUAUAUAACUAAUUAGUACUCAAAAUCUUAUUUCUUCAUGGCAAAAUAUUCCAUACAUAACAUUUUGCAUAUAAUAAUAAUACUUAUCAUGAUA